AAAAAAAAACAAAAAAACAUUGGGAUUCACGAGCAUCAUGAGCGACGAAGAGGAACAGCCGCUGAAUGGCACACUUAAUUUAACCAAUCCAUGUCUCCCAACCCCAAGCAUCACCAACAAAGACGACGCGAAUACUAUCAAGAUAUUAGUGGCCACCGAUAAUCACAUAGGGUACGCUGAAUCAGAUCCCAUCAGAGGUCAAGAUUCCAUCAACACAUUCCGGGAAAUCCUGCAGUUGGCUGUUGACCAUGAAGUUGAUAUGCUCUUACUAGCUGGCGAUCUAUUUCACGAAAAUCGGCCUUCAAGAGCUUCAUUAUACUCAACAAUAGCCUCUCUAAGAGAAUACUGCUUAAAUGAUCGACCGGUUCGGAUUGAACUAAUCGGCGAUUCCGGUAUCGGAAUCCCACACAGCUUCAACUUUCCUCCCGUGAAUUAUGAAGACAGAAACCUCAAUGUUGGCUUACCCGUGUUUUCAAUCCAUGGUAAUCACGAUGAUCCACAGGGAAUGGGACCGGAAGGCGCUCUCUGUGCUUUGGAUGUUUUGUCGGCGUCUGGACUGAUCAAUUACUUUGGCCGACAAGAGCUACCUGGGGGCGCUCAAAGAGACGAAGAAGCGUUGGAAGAAGGCUUACACAUACAGCCUGUCUUACUACAGAAAGGAAGGACUCGUUUGGCGAUGUACGGAAUCGGCAACAUUCGAGACGAGCGGUUUAACUAUGAGAUGCGUAGUAAUCGGAUUCGCAUGUCGAGGCCAGCCGAAUUUAAGGAACAAUGGUUCAACCUCAUGUUGGUACAUCAAAACCGCGUCGCACACGGACCAAAAAACUUUGUACCGGAAGAUGGAUUUGGCGACGACAUAGACUUGGUAAUCUGGGGCCACGAGCAUGAUUGUCUAAUUACUCCCCAAGAAAUUCCAGGGAAAGGUUACUUUAUCACGCAGCCCGGAUCUAGCGUAGCGACAAGUUUGGCCAAAGGCGAAUCCAUCAAAAAACAUGUCGGGAUUCUGGAAGUGCAAGACAAGGAUUUCUCUCUGCUUCCGAUCCCUCUGAAAUCUGUUAGGCCAUUUAUUUUCGACGACAUUGUUCUAGCUGAACACGAAGAAGAGGCCAAGCUCAAGCUUGACGAGAAGCCCAAAGUUGUCCGAUAUCUCAAGUCAUUGGUAGAGCAAUUGAUCAAGAAAGCGACAACUGACUGGAAUGAUGAACACGAUUAUGAUCCGGAUUCGCCCCCAAUGAUGUUACCUUUGAUAAGACUGAGAGUUGAAUAUUCCCGCGCAGACGGGCUGUCGGCCUACGAUGUCGGGAACCCUCAGCGAUUUGGACAAGAUUUCUUGGGCAAAGUGGCGAAUCCAAAAGACUUGGUACAAUUCUAUCGACGUAGAAAGAUCGGCCCGCGCAAACCGAAGAAUGAUAUUGACUUGCCGGAGGAAGAGGAAAUUGAAGACUCUCAAGCAAAGGCGCCGGAAAAAGUUCAGGUUGCAACUUUGGUUCAUCAAUACUUGGAGGCCCAGAAUUUGGGCGUACUGGCAGAAAAUGGCAUGCAAAGAGCUGUCACAUUAUUUGUGGAGAAAGAUGAUAAGGAUGCCAUCAAGGAGUUUUACCACAACGCACUUGAAGCGACCCAGGCCCAUGUCAAGGGUUCUAAAGCAGAUAUCGGAGGUAGCCGCCAGGAUAGAAAUCCUGAAAGUGAGGACGAAGAGCUUCUCGGGGAGCUAACAAAAGCAAAAGAAAGCUACGCCGACACAUGGGAAAAAAAUCAAAAAGAUGAACUUACAACACAGAAAGGCAAAGGAAAAGCUGUCCGCAAGGCAAAGCGAAACGACGAUGAUUCUGAUGAAAGUGAUUUUGGGAAAAUGUCAGAUGUCCGGUAUGUUGAUGAAUCUGAUAAUGGCGACCCUGCCGGACAGUCCGAUUCCGAUAUCAGUAUCCGUGCCUCCGUGGCCCCGAAAAAAAAGGCACCAGCCAAGGCGGCACCGGUGAAAAAAGCGCCAGCCAAAAAAGCCGCGCCAGCAGCAAAGGCACCUCCUAAACGCGCAGCUACCAAAACCGCCGCUACAUCUAGUCGGAGUAGAGCUGCCGCAUCUCAAUCACAGACUACAUUGGAUUUCUCUCAACAAGCCCCGCUGCGAGGCGCUAGUAGACGUACUGCUGCCUCCCAAAGUAACCCUCAAAUGGUGUCGGAUGAUAGCGAUGAUAGUAUUGAAGUUUCCACCCAACGAAAGACCGCCAGUCGAUCUCGUCGCUAAAAGCUGUACCACUUGACCCUCAGGCCUCAUACAUACGUAACCAACGAUGGGUCGGUUUUUCUUCUCAUAGAAAAGAAAGACUGAAGUAUGCAUAUGGCCCAACUCUUGCUUUCUUUCCAACUCUUACCUUUACCAAAUCUGUAUUAGUCAUUUUAACUUCACGCCAGCCAACCACGACAUACGAUUUCUCAGUUGAGGAUGGAUUUGUUCUGAUCAAUAUAUACCACCACCAUCAGAUUGAAUUUGUACUCUUGAGAAGGAAGAGAUUGAUUGUAGCUAGAUACAUACCACAAUUCAUUGGUCUCUUGAACAAGAACAUGCAACCAAGAGAUGGCAGUUGAUGAGAUGUACUGGAGCAG